GGCAAAGGCAAAAGCCAGUUGUAAUUAUUUGCAUAGCUUAGCUACUAACGCGUACUCGAAGGCAAUUCAUGGUUAUUUAUUUAUGAAGUACCAUUUUCGUUUUGAAUUAACAUUUCAAAAAUAGAUGUUUACAUUGUAGAGGACAUUUGGUUUUAGAGGCAGAAUGGCUCAGACUAAUUAACGUUUUCGUAAAUUAGUUUAGGUUAGCUAACAUGGUAGCUAACGUUAGCAAGCUAGCUAUUAGCAGGGGGUAUUUUUCUUUCACAUACUAGAUAGCUAACCAGAUAGCUAAAGGAUUGUCAAAGAAAACACGAUGGAAUUUGAGAUAAUUCGUGCUCAAUGCUCGUAUUUUUUGUAACUAGUGAUGCGCGACACUGCUAGCUAGUAACCUCAAUUUCCCAGUGGCUAACGUUAGCUACAGUAAUGUUAGCUAUUAAAAAACGUCGUUAGCCCUUAGUGUUUGACAAGGAAUUCCACACAGAAAUUCUCCCACCCGCAGUCCCAGCACAGUAGUGGAUCUCCAAACUCGGUCUUAACUUGGUACCAAUGCGUGGGAUGAUGGCUACACAGGGCAGCCCUGUCAAGAGUUAUGACUACCUCCUGAAGUUCUUGCUGGUUGGAGACAGUGAUGUGGGGAAAGGAGAGAUCCUGGACAGUCUGCGGGACGGUUCAGCAGAGUCUCCCUAUGCCUACAGCAGUGGUGAUUGUAUGUAACUAGUUAGAAUAUAUCAAAUGUAUACAUUAUAUGAAGUAUAAUACAUACUAGUCAGUGGGUUGUACUCUGGAAUCAAACUGGCCAGUUACCAUUAUACUCUCUGUCCUAGGUUAUCAAGCUUGUUUUAAGAUGAAAAUCUCAAACUACAAGGGAUUGAUCUAAGGUUGGGCUGGCGGUCUGAUAUGAUCAUGUUUGUUUUCUCAGGGAUUGACUACAAGACUACCACGAUCCUGCUGGAUGGGAGAAGAGUCAAGUUAGAAUUAUGGUACAUGUAGAAAAUACUUGUAUAAUACUUGUAGAAAACUCAUUGACAGAAAGCUAAAUGGAAUGUAACAGGGUCAUUCUUUGUUCAACAGGGAUACGUCUGGACAGGGUCGAUUCUGCACAAUUUUCAGGUCAUAUUCACGUGGGGCACAGGUGAGUUAGACCCCUUAAUUCAAGAUGCUUCAGAUUCUAGGCUAUAUCAGGGACAAGUGGACUGUUUACUGAUUAAAGAUGUAAUGCUUGUUCAUGUCACCCACUCCUCCCAACCCACAGGGAAUCCUGCUAGUUUACGAUAUCACAAAUGGCUGGUCGUUUGAUGGCAUUGACCGCUGGAUCCGGGAGAUUGAUGAGGUAAGCUAGUUUGCUGACUGAUCAUUAACACUGCACAUCUGACAAUAUGACUCAAGUCCUCAUUCUAAACAGCAUAUCUGCCUCAUCAUGCUGCAGUAAUGGCUCAAAUGAAAUCCACCAUAGCAGUUUGUAGGUGGUAGAAUGACUAGACAUGUAGAACUAUUGUCAGGCAGACAGGCUGUAGUCUCAGGGUCUGCUGUUGUUAUCAAAAGGCUCCCCUCUGGCAAACAGUUCAGGUCAAUCACGACCAAAACCUCCCGCCACCUGAAUAGCUUUUUCCGCAUGUUGCUGGCCCAUGUUGGCUUCCCACAGUUGUGUCAAGUUGGCUGGAUGUCCUUUGGGUGGUGGACCAUUCUUGUAACACACAGAAAACUGUUAAGUGUGAAAAUCCCAGCAGCGUUGCAGUUCUUGACACACUCAAACCGGUGCACUUGGCACCUACUACCAUACCCCAUUCAAAGGCACUUAAAUCUUGUCUUGCCCAUUCACCCUCUGAAUGGCACACAUACACAAUCCAUGUCUCAAUUGUCUCAAGGCUUAACAAUCCUUCUUUAACCUGUCUCCUCCCCUUCAUCUACACUGAUUGAAGUGGAUUUAACAACUGACAUCAAUAAGGGAUCUUAGCUUUCACCUGGAUUCUCCUGGUCAGUCUAUGUCACUCAGUGUAUAGUUAUAAUGUAGCUUAGUGUUAAUAAUAUAGUCUGUAGUUUUUAGCUUCAGUGGCCAUAGUGUACACACUGUACAUGGAUUCUGCCUCUCUAUAUUUUGUAUUUUCUGUCUGUCUGACUCUGUAACCGCACUAUGUCACCAAGAAAAAUUCCUGUACAUGCAAAUGUAUUUGCAGAAUAAAGGUGAUUCUGUUCUUCCUGUUUCCUUCCUGCCUUGAGAAGGCCAGCAGCAUUGUCCCUGUGUUUCCUGUUCGGACAGGGUUUGUGUGCGAGAGAGAGGGUGUGUGUGUGUGAUUUGAUAGAAGGAAUCGUAAACAAGAUAGGAGUUGUUAACAAAAACAAUCCCUUCACUCAAUAUCAUCCUCCUAUUGCUUGCUUAUCCCAACCCUUUCUCUCUCUUCUUUCCCCAGCAUGCCCCGGGGGUGCCCCGCAUCCUAGUAGGCAACCGGCUCCACCUGGCCUUUAAGAGGCAGGUGCCCACGGAGCAGGCCCGGGCCUAUGCAGAGAAGAACGGCAUGACCUUCUUUGAGAUCAGCCCGCUGUGCAACUUCAACGUCAUCGAGUCGUUCACGGAGCUGUCGCGCAUCGUGCUGAUGAGGCACGGCAUGGAGAAGUUCUGGAGACCAAACCGAGGUGAGGAGACCAGGGAAGACUAAAGUUACAGCCACUAUAGGGUCUUGGAUUGGGAAGCCUUAGGGUACAGUAAAACAAUGGGAAAGGUCAAAGGUUAUAGUUGGUGUGAGGAAACUUAGGCUUGUUUGUUAUUUGAUUUUGCGACCCUUCAAUUAUUUGAUUUGAUUGAUAUGUGGAAUAUAUUACCUUACAUUUGAGUCAUUUAGCAGACGCUCUUAUCUAUUCGGAAUAAUGAAAGGUGGUUGUAUCUUGCUUGCCGUGUUCUGAUUUCAUGGGAGGAAGCACACUGGGCUCUCCUCAUCAUUGACACAAUAACAGCUGUCUCCCCUGCUAAAUAAACCAGUAAUACAACUAGAAUGUUGUCAUGUCCUAUGCUAUAAUGUUAUCGCAUGUAAUACAACAUUACUAUGGCCUUCCCUGUUCAUCCCCCUCCCCACCAGUGUUCAGCCUCCAGGACCUGUGUUGCCGGGCCAUCGUCUCAUGCACCCCCGUCCACCUCAUCGACAAGCUGCCUCUCCCCGUGGCCAUCAAGUCCCAUCUCAAGUCCUUCUCCAUGGCCAACGGCAUGAAUGCUGUCAUGAUGCAUGGACGUUCCUACUCCAUGGCCACCAAUGCGGCGGGCGGCAGCGUGAGCGGCAGUAGCAAUAAGGCAAACAGUCUGAAACACUCCAAGUCCUUUAAACCGCCUCAGAGCCCCCCCAAGAGUAGUAGCAGCAAAAGUAACUGUAUGAUCACCUAGUGAGGGGCGAGGGAGGAACUUCUGAGGCCUCCCAUUGGGCCUAAUGCUAUCACUCUAUGGGGUGCUCAGGGACCCCGAUUUGGAGAUGCAUAAAUGCACAACAGGAACUGUAAGAGCUGUGAGUGAGUCAGCUAUGGCGUUCACUCUCUCUGAGCCCCUAGCGCCAUCUUGUGGGUCACCGUUAAACCCACAGCUACCACCUGCUGUGACCAAUAGAGCUCGCCAGUUUGAAGUCCUAAAACCCGGAAGUGAGUUGCUUCUGGUUCGUUCAGUCAUCCCUAUGGGGAAAAAAUUGGGGUUUGGGAUAAACACAGAAAAUAAGGUCUGAGGUUAACACAGGCUUAUGAGAUCUUAUACAGUACAUUUUGUUCUAUGAGAUAAUAUC